AUAUGGCCGCGCCUUUAUAUAAAACUAAGCCAAUAGACGGCGUUUAUUAUGACAGGCGGUAAAACAAACCAAUGAGAGUGUGCCAUACAAUCUGCAGAACCAAUAGGAAACACGACUGGGCGGUGACGUUCGAUUUACUAUGGCCGCCGUAAACUGGAGCAGGCGCAAGCGGGACUCCAAAUCAAACCAAAUUGUUUUAGUUUCCCGGCAAACGAUGGCGCCUUUUGCGCUAUUGUCCUCUUUCGUUGUUUUAAUCCUCACCGUUGGUCACUGUUUCGCCGACGGUGACCACGAAUUGGAGGAAUUCCUCAAACGGGAGUAUUCCCUCACCAAGCCCUAUCAAGCUGUGGGGUCUUUAAGCUCCUCCCACUGGGAACUGAUGGGCGAUGCCAUGGUAACCACGGAGCAGGUGCGACUCACACCUGACAUGCAGAGUCGACAGGGGGCAGUGUGGAGCCGCCUUCCUUGCCACCUGAACGACUGGGAGAUGCAGGUGCACUUCAAGAUCCACGGGAAAGGGAAGAAGAACCUCAACGGCGACGGCUUGGCUAUUUGGUACACGAAGGAGCGCAUGCAGAAAGGUCCCGUAUUUGGGAAUAAGGACAAUUUCACCGGAUUGGGAGUUUUUGUGGACACAUAUCCCAACGAGGAGAAACAACUAGAGGCACAAAAAAAGAGAUACACGCCGAGCGCGCAGAGGGUCUUCCCCUUCAUCCUCGCCAUGGUGGGCAACGGCACCGUCGGCUACGACCACGAGCGGGACGGCCGGCCCACCGAGCUGGGGGGCUGCAACGCCAUGGUGCGCAACCCGAAGCACGACACCUUCCUCUUCAUCCGAUACGUCCGCCGCAGGCUGACGGUAAUGUUGGACAUUGACGGACAGCACGAGUGGCGGGACUGCCUGGAUCUGCCUGGCGUGCGGCUGCCCAAGGGCUUUUAUUUUGGCGCCAGCGCAAUUACAGGAGACCUGUCAGACAACCACGACAUCAUCUCGCUGAAACUCUACCAACUGACGGUGCUGCGGACCAAACAGGAAGAGGAAGAACAGGAGGAGGAGAUCACGAUCCCCAGCGUGGAUAACAUGGAACUGCUCAGAUUGAGUCGGACCGAGGAAGGAAUGAGCGGACUGGCCAUUUUCUUCACAGUGCUCUUCUCCAUGCUGGGUUGCAUCUUCCUGCUGGUCGUCGGCCUGCUGCUCUACGGUCACUGGAACGAGAGCCGGCGCAAGCGCUUCUACUGAGGUGGCGAGGAGACCGAUGGCUGGAUGGGCGGGUUUGGGUUUGGUUUUGGGUUUGGGGACGGAACUUGACUGCACAGAGUCCACACACUGCGGGUAAGAGAUUUUGAGAUGAUUGAUGCUCAUCCUCGUCCGAGCAGCUACAUCUGACUCUUACUGUAAAUCUCAAAUUAUUUUAUUGUUGACUUGAGAUCCUCAAACGUUUUGGGUCCGGGUGAGAAAUUGAUUCCAAGCACCGCUUCAUAAUCCUAAAAACAAUGAAACAUAACUACCAUGUGUAGAACUCAAUUAAAAAUUAAAAAUUGAUACGUUUUUUUAGGGGGUAAAAAUGCCACAAUGUUACACCAACAAAUUAAUCUUUUGGAUUGAAAGUUAUGAGACGACGUUGACAACAACAAAAAAAAAUCAUAAUUUGAUGACAAUAAGAAUAAUGUUACUAUGAAGUGCCUUUGGUGUGCUCAUCAUAAUUAGGCAGCCGACGUGAAAACGGAGCAGAAUAAUGAAAUUCCGAAGUGUUAUUAUAAGUGUCCAAAUAUUUACACACAUGUAUGACGAGUCUUUUAAAAUGUUUCCUUCAUUUUAUACACUUUGGAUGUACGUACAUAAUUUUGGCAUGUCCCGCUCCACGCUCUGCUCACUACAGUGUGUGUAGUAAACGGUUAAAUAUAGUCCACAACAAGCUAUUUGAUUAAAUGUGUCAUUUAAUAUUUUUGUUCUCAUAUUAAAUAUUUUACAUUUGAGUGUGUGGUGGACGCUGUCGCUCAGACGUUUUCAGAAUUUACAUUUCUGUUCCGUCAUAUUAUGCGUGUAGUUAGAUGCCAAGCUGAAAUGUCCUGUCAUAGUGAAAUAUCAAUGACAUAAAAACUGAUUAAAUAAAAAUUAUAUUUGUUGGA